GCGGUGUUGGAUGCGCAAUAGUAUGGUAGGAAUAGAAAAACACUUCCAAGAGACAAGAAAAACGGCUCUAAGAACGGGUGCUGACUUCUGGUAUAUGCGUAAUGUAAAGGAGAAUAUGAAGUUUUAAAGAAAGUUGAUUAUUUUCAAAACAAUGGCUGGAAAACAUGGAAAUGAUCUGGCAUUGUCAUUAAUGCGUACAUUACCAAGACUUUUUCUGGGUAAUCUUCGAUAUAAUCCCGGUUCGAAGAAACAAUCAAAGCGUGGUCGUGGGCAACAUGGAGGAGAUAAACAUGGAGCAGGUAACAAAGGUUCUGGUCAGAGGCAAAAUUACAUGCGUCUUGGAUAUGAGACUGGAAAUACCCCAUUUUAUCUUAGAUUUGGUUAUGAACCUUACUACAAGGGGCAUCAUUUAAGGAGAGAAUAUCCACCUUUGUCUUUAAAGGCUUUGCAGUUAUGUAUCGAUGUAAAUAGGAUAGAUACAUCUAAACCUAUAGAUUUAGUAUCUUUGAUUAACACAGGAAUUUAUAACAUCAAAUUAGAACAUAAACAUGCAGGUGUUCAUCUUACAGAUGAGGGAGCUGAUGAUUUUAAAGCUAAAAUAAAUAUUGAAGUUCAAUGGGCUAGCGAGCCUGUAAUUGCUGCUAUUGAAAGAAAUGGUGGUACUAUAACUACAGCAUAUUAUGAUACCUGUUGUUUAUUCGCUUUAAAUAAUGUAGAGCAAUUUUUUAAGAAAGGAGAACCGAUACCAAGGAGAUUAUUGCCACCGACAGACUGUUUGGAAUACUAUUCGAGUGCUGUUACAAGAGGAUAUUUGGCAAAUCCUGAAGAGGUUUCUAAAGAACGGUUGAUUUUAUCACAAAAAUAUGGUUAUGUACUUCCAAAAAUUGAAGAUGAUCCACAAUACGAGAUGCUCGUACAGCGCAAAGACCCAAGGCAGUUAUUCUAUGGUCUUGCACCUGGUUGGGUUGUCAGUCUUAAGGAUAAAGCAAUUCUUAAACCUACAGCUGAAUAUCUUAAAGAAUUCUAUUUAAGUUGAACUGUAUUAUUUUACAACAUUUCAUUAAAAUAUAAAUAAAUAGUUUGUUUAGCAUUUG